AUGAGCGCUGAGCUCCAACAAGUCCUCAAAGUAUGGGAUCGCACCCGCACCAACAGCCCAAUCUACGAGUUUCUCCUCAGCGAGGCCGAAGUUUAUGAUGCAGAACACGGCGUAAUGAGGGCCCGACUCCAAGUCGGUCCUCGUCAACUCAAUUCCAAAGGCAGUCUGCACGGCGCCUUCUCGGCCACUGUGACCGACUGGGCGGGUGGCCUGUCUAUCGCCUCGACGGGGUUGGAUGCCACGGGCGUAAGCACUGAUAUCCAUGUCACUUACCUCUCCGGCGCGACGACGGGCGAUUGGCUUGAGAUUGAAGGUCGCGCUAAUAAGGUGGGCAAGAGCCUUGCUUUUACUACGGUUGAGAUCUCUAAGAAGACCGAUGACGGUCUGGUGCUUGUUGCCAGGGGGUCGCAUACUAAGUAUGUGAGGGCACGAUCUUGA